AAAUCUUCAGCUUUCAACCACUCAUCCAUAUUCCAUUCACACACCGCCGGAAGAAAAGUGAGAUUCAAGAAAAUGCAAACUCUUCUCAUUCUCAUUCUGGAUUAAUGGUCGUUAAUCAAUCUCAAUAAAUUCUCGGAUUAUUCCUUGUCUCUCUCAUUUCAGUCAGUCCAUGGCUACCUCCUACGGCCUCAGACACAGCACCACCGCCGCCUCUCUCCUCCUCCUCCGCAAUUCCCACAUCCACCUCCCCCGAUUCCGACUCAAUACACACCUCUUCAUCCCCAACCCUCACCCACCAUCAUCAUCUCUCUCCAUCUCAUUCUCCAGACUCUCUCCCUCCGCCGCCCUAUCCUCCUCCUACGCCGGCGGCGAAAAUGAGGAGCUCCCCGGGGUGGCGGAGGCCAUGAACAUCUCCCCGGCGACGGCGGCGGCGGUGGGGGUGUGCAUCGCGGUGGCGGUGCUGGCCCUGCCGCUGGCGAUGCCGUCGCUGGGGCGGGGGCUGCCGCUCAAGACUCGCGCGGUGUCGUACGCCACGCUGCUCUUCGGAUUCUACAUGGCGUGGAACAUCGGGGCCAACGACGUGGCCAACGCCAUGGGGACGUCGGUGGGGUCGGGGGCGCUGUCCCUGAGGAGGGCGGUCAUCAUCGCCGCCGUGCUGGAGUUCUCCGGGGCGCUGCUCAUGGGGACGCACGUGACCACCACCAUGCAGAAGGGGAUUCUCGUUGCCACUGUGUUUCAGGGGAAGGAGACUCUGCUUUUUGCUGGCCUUAUUUCUUCCUUGGCUGCUGCUGGCACUUGGCUCCAGGUUGCAUCAUACUAUGGUUGGCCUGUCUCUACCACGCAUUGUAUAGUUGGAUCAAUGGUCGGAUUCGGGCUAGUCUACGGAGGCGCUGGAGCUGUUUUCUGGAGUUCCCUCGCUCGAGUCACUUUGUCCUGGGUCGUGUCGCCUUUGGUGGGAGCAUUCGCCUCUUUCCUCGUCUAUAAAUGCAUCCGCAGGUUUGUUUACAGUGCUCGAAACCCGGGGCAAGCAGCAGCGGCAGCUGCACCAUUAGCCGUCUUCUUAGGCGUCACAGGGAUUUCCUUCGCUGCAUUCCCUCUCAGCCAGACUCUAUCUGUAGCUAUCGCGCAGGCCUUAGCCUGUGGCGCUUGCGGAGCUGUCCUGUUCGACAGAAUCAUAAGGACACAGCUCGGCCACCUCCUAGACAAGCCUCCUAAAGAUGAUGCACAAGUGACAGAAUCGAGAACAGAGAACGAGUCGAGUAAAAACAUCGGUCUCCUGUCUGAUAUAGCUGGUCCUAAGGGAACGCAGUUGAAGAUAGUUUACGGAGUGUUCGGGUACAUGCAAGUUCUGUCGGCCUGCUUCAUGUCAUUUGCACACGGGGGGAACGAUGUCUCCAAUGCGAUAGGCCCUCUGGCAGCGGCCCUAUCGAUUCUGCAAGGUGGGGCGUGUGGCGGUGAGAUUGUGAUCCCUAAUGACGUGCUGGCAUGGGGCGGAUUUGGGAUCGUUGCAGGGCUUAUGGUGUGGGGAUACAGAGUUAUCGCGACUAUUGGGAAGAAGAUAACGGAGCUGACACCGACUAGGGGCUUUGCUGCUGAGUUUGCAGCAGCAUCGGUUGUGCUUGGGGCUUCGAAGCUCGGACUGCCUAUCUCGGCCACACACACGCUGGUUGGAGCAGUGAUGGGGGUAGGGUUCGCAAGAGGGCUUAACAGCGUACGAGCAGAGACCGUGAGGGAGAUUGUGACGUCGUGGGCUGUCACCAUCCCUGCUGGUGCCACUUUUGCUGUUGUUUAUACAUGGAUCUUCACCAAGUUCUUAUCCUACUUACUGUGAGUGAAACUCCAAUUGUUUUAUUAUAAUGUGCACUGAAAUUUUUCAACUGAGAUUUAUGCAUAUGAUUCGCAUCUUCCACA